AUGGCGUCCCGACAACUGCAAAAGAUCAGACUAGUACGUAUUGCACAUGUCUAUUACACUUAUGUCGAUCUCGAUCAAGCCCGUCAGUUCCUACUCGACUUUGGCUUCACCGUAACCGAAGAUCGGGGGGAUACCGUCUUCUUCAAGGGCUACAGUACCGAGCCGUUCGUCUACUACGCGAUCAAGGGAGCAGAAAAUGCAUUCGGCGGCGCGGGGUUUGUUGUCGAGUCAAUGGCAGACCUAGAACUCGUAUCCAAGACACUACCUAAGGUAACCGCCAUCGAGGACUUGGACGCUCCUGGUGGCGGCAAGCGGGUGACCUUUUACGAUCCGGUCGACAACUUCCCCUUCUACCUUGUCUACGGCCAGAGUGCGAUCCCCGUGACCGCCCACCUCCCAGAGCUUGAGUAUAACUAUCCCCAGAGCAAGCACCGCGACGUCAACAAGACACUAGGCCACUUUGGCUGCUGUGUCACUGACUUUGCCAAGGCGCUCGACUUUUACAUGACGCGCUUUAACUUCAAGCCGAGCGAUCUGAUCUACGACGACAAGGGCAGGGACAUAACGACCUUUCUCUAUCUCGAUCAGGGUAUGGAACGGGUUGAUCACUACACCUUUUUCUUCUUUAAGGGCCACCAAUGGCUGCGAGACAGGGGAUAUAACCUUGUCUGGGGCGUUGGCCGGCACAUCCUUGGCUCACAAAUCUUUGACUACUGGUACGACUGCUUGGGAUUUAUCCUUGAGCACUACGUGGACGGCGAUUUGGUCGAUGAGACGACACCGAUCAGUCGGUCACAGGCGGGGUCCAAUAGUUUGUACGUCUAG